AUGUCAACUUCCAAAUGUGCAUCAGAAUAUAACAGAUCGAAAAAAUGUAACGAUUACAGUUUGCAAUUUACUCGAUGGUUUCUCAAGCCAAUUGGUGCGUGGCCACAAAUAAACACAUCGAGUUCAGUGUGCAAAAUUGUGAUAUUACUACACAUUUUUAUUUGUUCAAGCAUGAUAGCAUCCAAUAUGGUACCAUGUUUGUUAUAUGUAUUAUUUGAAAAAGUCAAUAUCAAGCUAAAACUGAGUGCCGUUGGGCCAUUACUUCACAGAGUUAUGGGCUCGGUACAUUACUGGGUGCUGCUUAAGCGCAAUAGUGAUAUUUACAAAGUAAUACGACACAUGGAAACAGAUUGGUGUCUGAUACAAAGGCUUGAUAAUCGUGAAUUAAUGCUACAACAAGCUAAGUUCGGUCGCUUUGUCGCCAUAAUUUGUGGUAUAAUCAUGUAUGGUGGUACAAUCCUGUUCAGCAUAGCAAAGGCAAUGAAAACCAUAACCAUCGACGUCGGUAAUGAAACUUUUACAACACAUCCGAUGACGUGUCCGGUUUAUAGCAAGAUUAUUGAUACGAGAUUUAGCCCUGUGAAUGAAAUCGCAUUGGUUUUACAAAAUCUCGCAAUAUUAGUAGUGAGUUCCUCUACUGUCGGUGCUUGCAGUUUGGCUGCCGUUUUCGCAAUACAUGCUUGUGGUCAACUGAAAGUGCUGAAUGCGUGGCUACAUGAACUUGUUGAAAAUCAAAAGAAGGGGAAUGAUACAGCUGAACGAAAGCUAGCUGCUAUUGUUGAACAUCAUCUGAGAAUAUUGAGUUUUAUAUCACAAGUGGAAAGUAUUAUGCAUAAAGCCGCUCUUGUGGAAUUAGCCGGGUGCACGGUAGUCAUGUGUUUGCUUGGAUAUUACACUAUUACGGCUUGGGAAACACUUGAUACGACAAAAAUAACAUCUUCUCUUAUUGUAUAUUUAUCGAUGGGUUUCAAUAUAUUUAUAUUUUGCUACAUCGGAGGAAUUAUCACUGAACAGUGCAAAAAUGUUGGAGAAAUGGCAUAUAUGACUGAUUGGUACAAUCUACAUCAUAAAACUGCACGUAGUCUCAUUCUGAUUAUUGCCCGAUCGAAUAACGUAAUUAAGAUCACAGCAGGAAAGUUAUUCCAUUUAUCCAUAGCAACCUUUGGUGAUGUAAUUAAAACUUCGAUGGUAUAUUUAAAUUUUUUGCGAACAAUUAUUCUUAGAGCAAUUAAAUCUAGAAACAUUUUGACACCAAAAUGA